AUGACCCUGCAAAACGCCCCACCAGACCUCACCACCUACUCCAUCCUCCUCAAGUCCUGCAUCCGAUUCCGCAACUUCCAACUCCGGAAACUCGUCCACCGGAAGCUAAUUCAGUCUGGACUUGAGCUCGACUCGGUUGUGUUGAACACUCUGAUCAGCUUGUACUCCAAAUGUGGCGACACCGCAACCGCUAGGUUGAUUUUUGAGGGAAUGAAAAAUAAGAGAGACUUGGUUCCAUGGAGUGCGAUGGUCUCAUGUUUUGCGAUUAACAGCAUGGAGUUGCAAAUAAUUUAUGGGUUUGUGGUGAAAACCGGGUAUUUUGAGGCUGAUGUGUGUGUUGGGUGUGAAUUGAUUGAUGUGUUCGUGAAGGGUAGUGGUGACUUGGGCUCAGGUUAUAAGGUGUUCGAGAAAAUGCCAGAGAGAAAUUUGGGUACUUGGACUUUGAUGAUAACUAGAUUUGCGCAAUUGGGUUGUGCCAGAGAUGCAAUUGAAUUGUUUUUGGAUAUGGAAUUGAGUGGUCAUGCACUGGAUCAGUUUACAUAUGGUAGUGUGCUUUCUGCUAGUACAGAGUCAGGAUUGUUAGCACUAGGGAAGCAAUUGCAUUCCCAAGUUAUACGUUUGGGAUUGGCUUCAGAUGUUUGUGUUGGUUGUAGCUUGGUGGACAUGUAUGCAAAGUGUACAGCAGAUGGGUCCGUGGAUGAUUUGAGGAAGGUAUUUGAUCGGAUGCCUGAGCAUAAUGUUAUGUCUUGGACCGCAAUUAUCACAGCAUAUGUGCAAAUUGGAGAGUGUGAUAAGGAAGCUAUUGAACUUUUCUGCAAGAUGAUAUCUGGCCGUGUACAGCCUAAUCAUUUCUCAUUUUCAAGUGUUCUCAAGGCAUGUGGAAACCUUUCUGAUCCUUAUAAACAUGCUUUAAGGGAAAUGGAGAAAUUUAUUAGAUAA